UGCUCCUCAUAAAGCGAGUGAGUAUGAAAGGAGGUGCUGAUAAAUGUUAGUGAGCAAAGAGAGAGAGAGAGAGGGAAAGAAUAGAAAGAGUGCUGUGUUGCUACUGAGGACGAGCUCAUGUCUGCACAGGGAGAGAUGAAAGAGAGGAACCCAUGGUACACGCCGGUGACCAUCAUCGUCACUGUGAUUGGCGUCAUAGCGAUUGUUGCCUUGGUGACAGUGGCGGUUUUGCAGAACAAGCCCCUCCACACGAAGUACAAGUAUGGGAUCGUCCUGGAUGCUGGCUCCUCCCACACUGCGCUGUAUAUAUAUGGAUGGCCAGCAGAGAAAGACAACAACACUGGCAGAGUGGAACAGACACACUCCUGCAAGGUCGACGGACCGGGGAUAUCCAGCUACGCUUCUGCUCCAUUGAAGGCAGGAGAGUCUCUGAAAAAAUGCAUGCAGGAGGCCCAGCAGCAGGUUCCCGAAAACAGACACAAUGAAACCCCGCUGUAUCUGGGUGCUACAGCUGGAAUGAGAUUGCUCAACAUGGAGAACAGCUCGUUGUCAGAAAGCGUCUUUCUGGCUGUGGCAGAAACCCUGCAGAAAUCCCCCUUUUCUUAUCAAGGAGCGAGAAUCCUCAGUGGGCAGGAAGAGGGUGCCUUUGGGUGGAUUACUGUCAAUUACUUGGAUGAUCGUCUAAAACAGGGCCGGGAAACCACAGGCGCUCUGGACCUUGGCGGGGCUUCCACUCAGAUUAGCUUUGUUUCCGACAAUUAUGAUGGCUCUGAGUCACCCAGCAACUCUGUCACCUUCCGACUUUAUGGAAACGACUACAAUGUGUACACUCACAGCUUCCUGUGUUAUGGCAAAGACCAGCUACAACGCCUGCUGCUUGCACAUCAGACUCAGGCAGGUCCAAGAACUGUAUCAGAUCCAUGUUUCCACCCCGGCUACAAUCGGACCUUGAACUACUCGGUAGUCUAUGACAGUCCCUGUGUGUCAAACAGAAAACCCCCCCAAGCUCCUGAAACAUUUAUUCACACAGGAAAGGGAAACUUCCAGGAGUGUCAGAAAGUCAUACGACAUGUCUUCAACUUCACUCACUGCAAAUAUAGCCAGUGUUCCUUCAAUGGGGUCUUCCAGCCACUUCUGCAGGGACCUUUUCGGGCGUUCUCUGCUUAUUAUUAUGUGAUGAACUUCCUCAGUUUGACUGACACUUCAAUGCCUUUGGACAUUGUGAAGGCAAAGCUUGUGAACUACUGCUCCACUCCUUGGCAGCAGAUAUUGCAGCAUCAUCCAAGUAUAAAAAUUAAGUAUUUGGCUGAAUACUGCGUCUCUGGCACAUACAUCAUCACCCUGCUGACAGAGGGCUACAACUUCACAUCGGAGAGUUACUUCAAAAUAAAAUACAUCAAGAAGAUUAAAGACAGUGAGGCCGGUUGGACUCUCGGCUACAUGCUGAAUCUGACCAACAUGAUCCCAGCUGAGGCUCCCGAUUCUCCACUUCUCCCGCACGGGGGCUAUGUGUCCAUCGUCACCAUCAUCGCCCUGCUGCUCUUCGUCCUCUUCAUCCUCAGCCUGCGUCCUCUGUGGUCCCGUUGCUCCAAGCACCUGCCUAUUGUUUAAUCCCACUUGGAUGUAUGAAUGAGUGGUGGUGACAAAGUGAAUGUUCAGAAGCGUGAAUGCAUCAGUAUGGGUCAUUGCAUCAGUUGUGUGAAAGAAGAUGUCAACGUCUUCCUGUUAAAGCUUCCAGGAGAAGAAGGAGGUUAAAGGUCAAUGUCUACUGCAGAACAACAUUCCUGUGACUUAUAAGGAUUCAAAAACACUUCGUUGCCAGUGAAAUUCUGAUUCUCAGGUUGAAGGACAGUUUGUGUGUGUGUACGGUGGAUCCAGAAAGUAUUCAUAGCACUGCACUCCUUCCACAUUUUGUUGUUGCAGCUUUAUUUGUUGUUGCAGCCAAUUUUUUUCCAAAAAAUUCUACACACAGUAUCCCAUAAUGACAAUGUGAAAAAAGUUUUUGUGAGAUCUUUGCAAAUUUAUUAAAAACUAGAGCAAUGCAGUCAUAGAGCGCAAAUCUCCGCAAACACUAGAUUCCAGUUCCAAAACUUUUUUACCUUGGAAAUUUUUUUUAAAGUCAAAGUCCUGUUAGAAGUGGCUUUUCAUAAGCUAAAUUAGAUGUGAUCAAAUGUCAGGAGUAGGUAUUUAGUUCAUGCACCUGAAUCAAAGUUUUUUGUGGUGUUGUCAGUUUUUUACUUUUUCAGUUUCUGAAUUCUUUUUUCAACAAACAUUGGUUAUCUCUGCUAUGCUCAUUUUUUCACUGCUUUUGGCACUUCUGACAGAUAACUGGAAAAUAGAUAAAUGGGCAUAAAAUCGGAACGUCCAUCAAAUUUUGGUGAUAUAUGUAAAUCCAUAACAGAAAAAUGAGAGUGAUUGAGGCACUUUUGAUAGACAUAUAAUGCAAAAUUUACACCAAAUGGGCUUUUCAAUAUUAAAUUCAAAUGUCCACAAAAUC